UGACUCGGCAUUGAGUAGUACUACAUCAGCUCCUCUACAAUUUCGUCCCAACCCUGCAAUCAAGACUCACCUGACGACAGCCCCGUCCCCUUACUUUCGUCUCUUCCCCGCUCACAAGCACAAUACUUGGUAGCCCGCGUCGUGUCCCUGCAGCCGACCGAAUCCUCAAGCUCUCUGACGUUCAAACCAAGUUCAAACCUGAUGCCUUGCCCCGCGCCAGCCCCAAUGAUAACCUUCGAGGCGAAUCGUGAAAAGCAAAGGGUGCCGGCUAUCGAAUUUCUGCUGGGAGACAAAUACAUCAUUGUUUCUCACGACGAUUGUCUCCAAGUCAGAGAAGCAAAAACCGGUAAACUCGUGGGUGAUCCCUGGCAGGAUAAAGAGAGAAGCCAAAUCUAUGCGUUUGACGUAUCACCGAAGGGUGAUUCCGUCGCGACUGCUAGCAAAGAUGGCAAAAUACGGGUGUGGAGGUGGAAUGGGAAAACUGCCAAGGUACUAGCUACAAAAUCGAAGGGGUACAGUGCUCCAGCAACUUGCGUGCGCUGGAGUCAACACGAUGGUGGCGCUCACAUCGCCAGCGGCUUCGAUGACGGCAGCGUAGCAGUCUGGUCAGUCACGGCAUCGGAGCUCAAGAACCCCAUGAGGACAGAUAAUACUCGCCUCCGACACAUACAUGCGAUCGACUAUUCCCAUGACGGCGCACAACUCAUCGUCAGCGGUUACGACCGCGAAAUCUCGAGAUUGACAAUCGACAAGAGAAAACAGGAGGUCCAGUUGGAUAAAGUCGUCAAAAUUUGCAACAAUCCUGACCAUGUAUCAUGUGCAACAUGGGCUUCGACUGCAGAUGGGCAUGCAAUUGUCACUGGCUCGACAGAUGGCAGGAUAAGGAUAGUUGAACUUCCAGACGGUCGUCUGUCAGAGCUUGUAGGGCACUCCGACCUUGUCUGCGCCAUCCGAGUCGUUGCGCUUCCACGCAAACGUGUACUUGCAAGUGCCUCUUAUGACAAUACCCUCCGCCUUUGGGAUCUCGACGCCAAGCGUCGGAUUGGUCAACCACUUCCACACUCUGCAGAACUGACCUGUGCAGCGGUUGCAGCUGAUGGGACCUUGGUAGCCACCGGCACUUGUGAUGGCCAGAUCUAUGUUUGGAAUUUACCAGACUUGCUCUCUGGGGCAACGGAGGAUGUGAAUGGUUGCGACUCGGACGAAGACGCAAAUGCUAGAUCUCCCUUUAAUCCUGACUCGCCAAUCUCUACCCGCCAAACUACAAACGGGGACCCGACCCGCCGACUCACCCCUGCUAGACCGGUCGUUGAGGCUAGGCGACUCCCCCCGGGGUUCUUUGAUGACCUAAGCGUAGGUAGGGGGUCCAUGUCAGUGACCACACCAGCCCAAGACAAGAAAAUGUGGAAGAUGCCGAACCUCCUGCCUUUCCCCCGGCUCGCACGUCGCUCUGAACUACAUGUACUACCUCCUCCCAGCAUUAGUCAUGUCGAAGUUGCUGCAUCACGGAGACAGCGGAUCAGUAGCACUCCGCUUAGUGCCGCACUCGACCAGCAAGGCGAACUGAUCACAGAGGACGCUGUUCUUGUGCCACGUACUCGCUGGGUCAAGAUCUUGUUACGCUGCGUAAUACUGAGUGUGGUUUUUAUGUCCAAUACUGAUAGGUUUCCUACUAAAUUCAGCAAUCGGGAAAGAAGGUAUAAGAAGACGAGGGUCGCAUUGACUCGUGCAGCUAACUGCAAUAAUAUCCUCAUGGAGUUCCACAUUCGAUAUGUAUGGAGCUCGCUGGGGGUCCUAUCUAAUUGACGUAUAUGCGUCUCAGCCCAGCUUAUUUGCGAAAGACUGUAUACUGCUGGCUUGGGACCUUUAAAUAGGACACUUUACUCCCUCGAGGGGCGAUGG